CUUACCCCACUUAACCUGACUCUUUACUGCCAAGUUCCAUGUAAGUAGUGCCCAGAUACUAGACGCUUUCGGUUAGACAGUGUGUUCCUUCUGGCGCUGCACUAACCAACACUGCUGCUCAUUUCGCCUGUGAAGAUGGUGAAGGACGCCGUGAGCCAUGUGGAGAGUGGAUGAAAGCACCGACUCGGGCAUCGCAGGAUGUUCAAGAGCGAUGAAAGGCUGUUUAGCCUGCGAUAGAUCGCCCUGGCGCCUAUCAGGACUGUGCUACUUGGUUUGAUGUGAAGAGCAGGAGCCUACAAUAUGUGAAUCUUCCCUCCUUUUACUAGCACUAGGUCGAGGUAGCUUUCAAGUGCUGCUGAUAGUGCGCUUUGGAUGCGGUCACUUUCUUCCCUUCCGCGGGAAGUCCGAACGUUGCUUUUGCUUGCACUUGCAGGUGACUUCGUGCAUGAAUCGGUAGUCGCCCAGGCUUCGAAUGGCGACUCGACUUGUGCUGGGGUUUUAUCUAUUUUCAAUGUCGACGCGAAGUCACCAUGUGAUAUUUCGAAACAAAUCUACACAUUUUGCGGCCCAGGGGGACCGUACACCUCGACAGCAUGUUAUUGCAAUUCAAUAACGUUCAAUCUCGAAAAUGCAUGUCGAAUAUGCGGGAACGUAGAUCCUGAAUCGUGGGCCGAGUGGUCUAGCAAGUACAAUUGCUCAACAGUAGCGGUGCCGACGAGAUUGCCAUUCGCAACGCCAGAUACGCUUAUUCCCCGAUGGGCGUACAAUACUUUGACAAAAAAUCAACAGUUUGAUGUAGUCGCAGCUGUGAAAGCUGCUCAAGGUUGGACUCCAAUUCAGAUUGCUGCUCCUUUCAUUUCUGGAGUAUCUGUAGCGGCUAUUGCACUCUUCCUAUUCCUCAUCUAUCGUCACCGCACCCAGAGGCCACAUCACAGCAGACAUUCCAAAUCCCCCGCUUGGAAAGAUGCCCAUGAACACUCACACAGGCGGUGCUUUGGGCUAUUUCCCGGACGUGUUACCGUCAGGAAAGCGACAGUUGAUACAUUGUGGCAAAUUGAUCAACCCGGAAAGAUGGCUACUAACGAGGAUAUCGAGCUUUCCCAACACUCACGGGACACGUCUGUCACGUCUCUGUUGCCCGACGAACAAAGUCAUCGAAGUUCGAGCUCAGGAAAUCAGUCGUCUUCCUAUUUCGCCACUUUGGUUUCAAAGAUCAGUGGCAGUUCGCUGAAUCGCGGAUGGUAUACGAGCGGUGUUGAUAAAGGUCCCGAGUACAAGAAAGUACAGGUCGUCGCUGAGGGAGCAAAGUAUCCUGGAUUCAAGAUCGACGGGACGGAUUCUACUCCCAGUCGGAGGAGCACCUUCCUCAGUCGAAUAUUUCAACGUGAGGAUGAUCAGCAAUCACACCUGUCCCUUCCAAGCGUUAUCGACAUCCGGGCUGGUCCGCGAUCCAAUUCUGCAUCGAAUAGUCAAAGUGGUUCCUCAUCAAGCCAUAGCGGACCAUCGCGGAAAAUAGCCCCUUCUACUAGAAUGGAAUCCAUCGAAGAGGGUGAUGAACGGAGUAUUUUCUCCUCUCCUGCCCGUCCACCCCGAUCCGACUUCACUCUCUCAACAAACGACCUCAUGACACCCAUAACACCCACCACGUAUAGAACAGCACCUUCCUCACACGCCCAUUCCGCAUACCCUGAUUCGGCUGUCCUUCCCAUGUCUUCUCCCCCGAGAUCCGCUCGCGAAAAGCGUCCAUAUAUAUCCUAAUAUUCAGAUCUAUGGACUUCGGACAAUGGACAUUCGAACUAUUGUAUAACCAGAUUUGCAGCUGAUUAUUGUUUGCUUUUAUUGUUUACUAUACCAUUCACAGUCACCUCUGAUAUUCCCAAUUGAACACUGUUGUAAUCCUACCUUGUCAACUUUCAACGAUGUCUUGUUCUAUUUGGAUAGUGGUCUCACUGUAAUCCAUAUAGCUUGUUCUGAACACUCAUUACAUGCCCAAAUGCCGCGGCCUUUAGGUGGGAAUGAGGUGGCCGACCUUAGACGCCAAAUAACCGUGAAUCUUUGCG